AUGAAUAGAGAUCAAGCUGAAAAAUUUAAAGAUAGACAUAUUAGACAAAAAUAUGACCUCUUGCAUUUAUUACCAUCGAUGCUUCCGACAGGGAACCCAGCAUUAUCUGGAUUAUAUUUGAAAAGUUUUUAUAAUGGUGUGAAACGAUAUAAGUUACAAUUACCUUCUUCAAUCACAAAUUCAAAUGAAAAAUUUUGUGGAUCUUGUGGAACUGUCAGGAUCAUUAAUCGUAACUUGGAAAUGGAAAUGGUUGUGAGAGAGAAAAUGCAAGAGAAUGAUGAUAGUUCAAGUCAAAUUAAGGUUUUAAAAUAUAAAUGUCUGAAUUGUAAUUUUGAAAAUGAGUUCACAGUAGGAAACGUAUCACAUAGAAACAAAGAAAUAGCAAACCCAAAAAUACCGAGGGAUAAUAAGGAUAGAUCAACUGUUAAACUAGAAGCCAAAAAUACAAAUAGUACAAAUGGUGGUAUACAAAAGAAAAAUACUGCUAAAGAUCGUGCCAAGAAGAGGAAGAUGAAUUCAUUGUCGAAUUUACUUAGUAAAAAGAAUCAAGAAAAAUCAAAGCAAAAGAGUACUUCUUUAUCUUUAUCAUUAGAAAGUUUUAUGAACUCUUGA